UAUUAACCUUCCUGCCAUUUCCACGGGGUCUCUCUCUCUCUCUCUGUGCGCUCCAUUCGGUCUCUGAAGCUCGCCGUGUCCCUUCCCUUCUCGUCCGUUCUCCCUCGGGCUCGUCGCACCUCACUCUCCGGAAGCUCAGGCGGGACAGCCCGUCUACUCAACUUUUCUACUUUUCAUGGCGAGAACAUUGUGAAGUCAUGCUGCAGUGAAGCUUCAUGUUGUCAGUUUACCAUCUGAUGGGCAAUGAAUCGUUGUGACUGAUGCUAUGAUGGAAGGUGGAGAUACCCUGCAAAUUGGACCGAGUGACAGUCUUAUCGAUCCCGCAAAUGAAGCUCAUAACCGAGGUGGGCCCGCUAGUUCUCCCAAAACUCCCAGUGUGGUGUUCGAAGAGGGUGUCGAGAUCGAGCCCCGGAAUGGAAUCGAAUUCGAGUCUCAUGAGGCGGCUUACUCGUUCUAUCAGGAAUAUGCCAAGUCUAUGGGAUUCACCACGUCGAUAAAGAACAGUCGGCGCUCGAAGAAAUCAAAGGAAUUCAUUGAUGCCAAGUUUGCUUGUUCUCGUUAUGGGGUCACCCCUGAAUCAGAAAGUGGGAGCAGUAGGCGUCCCAGUGUGAAGAAGACUGAUUGUAAAGCGAGCAUGCAUGUGAAAAGGAGGCAGGAUGGAAAGUGGAUUAUACACGAAUUCAUUAAGGACCAUAAUCAUGAACUCUUGCCUGCCCUAGCAUACCAUUUCCGAAUCCAUCGGAAUGUGAAAUUAGCUGAGAAGAAUAACAUUGAUAUUCUGCAUGCAGUCAGUGAACGGACGAGAAAGAUGUAUGUGGAGAUGUCUAGACAAUCGGGCGGAUACCAACAUGUUGGGAUGGUUCAAGAUGGCCUAAAUUAUCAGUUCGAGAAAGGUAGGCACUUGAAUUUGGAUGAGGGAGAUGCACAGGUGAUUCUUGAAUACUUUAAACGUAUCAAGAAGGAGAAUCCGAGCUUUUUCUAUGCAAUAGACUUGAAUGAAGAGCAGCGACUCAGGAACUUGUUCUGGGUCGACGGUAAGAGCCGGAGUGAUUAUAUGAGCUUCAGUGAUGUGGUAUCUCUUGAUACUUCUUAUAUCAAGGGCAACGAGAAGUUGCCUCUUGUGCUAUUUGUUGGGGUUAACCAUCACUCUCAGUCUAUGUUGCUGGGGUGUGCAUUGGUGGCAGAUGAGAGUAGAGCAACUUUUGUUUGGUUAUUGAAGACAUGGCUUAUGGCAAUGGGUGGAAAAUCGCCCAAAGUUAUACUCACCGAUCAAGAAAGAGCUCUCAAGGCAGCUGUGGAAGAAGCCCUUCCCAGUGCUCAUCAUUGUUACCCUCUUUGGGAUAUAUUGGAAAAGGUCCCUGAGAAUCUCGCUGAGGUAAUCAAAAGCCACGAGAAUUUCUUGCCCAAAUUCAACAAGUGCAUUUUUAAGUCAUGGACAGAUGAAAAGUUUGAUAUGAGGUGGUGGAGAAUGGUCACAGUGUUUGAACUUCACAAUAAUGGUUGGAUUCAGAUGUUAUAUGAAGACAGGAAAAAAUGGGUACCCACCUUUCUCGGAGAUACUUUUCUAGCAGGAAUGUCCAUGCCUCAGCGUUCUGAUAGCAUCAAUUCUUUCUUUGACAAGUAUGUUCACAAGAAAAUUACAGUAAAGGAGUUCGUGAAACAGUUUGGGUUGAUUCUUCAGAACCGAUAUGAGGAGGAAGCUGUAGCAGAUUUCGAUACUUUGCACAAGCAACCUGCCUUGAAAUCACCCUCCCCAUGGGAGAAACAAAUGUCGACUGUUUACACUCAUGCGAUUUUCAAGAAAUUCCAAGUAGAAGUUUUGGGUGUUGUGGGUUGUCACCCUAAACGGGAAAGGCAAGAUGGGCCAAUCAUAACAUUUAGGGUUGACGACUGUGAGAAGGAUGAGAACUUCAUGGUCACCUGGAAUGAAGUGAUCUCACAGGUCUCUUGCUCCUGUCAUUUGUUCGAGUUCAAAGGCUUCCUUUGUCGACAUGCAAUGAUUGUUCUCCAAAUUUGUGGUUUGUCAAGCAUCCCGCCUCACUACAUUUUAAAAAGGUGGACGAAAGACGCGAAGACUGGCCAACCUGCAGAGGGCGAAGAGACAAAAAGGAUAAAGACUGGGGUCCAGAGGUACAAUGAUCUGUGCAGGCGUGCUAUUCAACUGAGCGAGGAGGGUUCUUUAUCUGAAGAGACUUAUCGAAUCGCUUUUCGUGCCCUUGUUGAGGCUCUGAAGAACUGUGUAAAUGUGAAUAAUUCUAGCAGUGCCGGCGCAGAAUCUAGUAAUGGCAUUAUUGGCCUUCGUGAGAUUGAAUUGGAGAACCAGGGAAAUUUGGCAAGUAGAACGAGUAAAAAGAGAACUACCAACAGAAAAAGGAAGGUGCAGGAGGAGUCCGAUGUUCUUAUGGUUGAGGGACAGGAUGGCUUGCAUCAAAUGGACAACUUAAGCACAGAAGGAAUCACUUUCAGUGGAUAUUACGGUGCCCAACAAAAUGUGCAAGGACUGGUACAAUUGAACUUAAUGGAGCCACCACAAGAUGCCUAUUAUGUUAGUCAGCCGAGCUUGCAGGGGCUGGGCCAAUUGAAUUCUAUUGCACCUGGGCAUGAUGGAUUUUUCGGGACCCAGCAGGGCAUUCACGGGCUGGGUCAGAUCGAUUUCCGAACCCCGGGAAGCUUCAGUCACAGCUUGCAGGAUCAAACGAGGCAUGGUUGAUGUGGAGUGGAUUUCGAACAGACUUUUUAACUUAUGGACUCUGGUAGUCGGACAUUCAGAGUUUUGCUUUUGGCGCAGAAUCUCUGAUCGAUUUAACAACCCUAAAGUAACUGGAAUUCUUCCCACCUCACUAUAUUUGACCUCAAGACAGUGCUGCAGAUGAUGAUCCCUCAAGUAAUAGUUCCAAUUUUGAGCGUAACGAACCAUUGAGGAGCAGAAUGACAGGACGCAAGGAACUUGUUGAGGGUCUUAAACAACAUGGUGAAGACUGCACGCGGCAUGAGGGGCUGAUUCGAUUCGUUCAUCGCCAUCUUAGUUGGUAGACGUAGUAAACAGGACGAUUGAUCCCGGGCAAAGCUGACCUUUCCGUACAAGCUUUGAAUGAGGAAGGCUACGUGAUAUCGGGUUAUAUAUAACCAAAGGCGUGUAUUCCCUUGUAAGAGAUUUUGUAUAAAGUGGUGCAGGUAGUGGUUACAUUGGAUCUGGAUCUCAUGUAUGGUCCGGAAAUUUGGAGCAUUUUGAUUGUGUUGUUGGGCCUCUUAAGCAUUUUAUGGAUCACAUUAUUACUAUGGAGCUAUCAAAAGCACCGAUGCUGUUCGCUUUGUACAA